AUACUGCGCUCCGGCCUAAAACCGGAAGUCCCCCUGUUGCCUGGCAACCACAUGUAAUGCGGAUAGGGCGAUUUCACGUUUAUGUCAUCAAACCGCGCCCGUCAGGUGUCUGCGCUUCCUCACCGCGCACGGCUGCCCCGGUAAUGACUACAUCUCCCGGCGUGCCCCAGUCACUGGUCCGUGCUUGAUUUGUUUUCCCAGUUUUCCCGGGGUACAGUGGCCGUGCCACGAAGGUUCCGGGUGGGGUGGUGACUUUUGCUGCUGUUGCCUCUGCCUGGACGAGUAUGGAGGCUGCCAAUUGCUCCCUGAGGGUGAACAGGCGGCUGUUGGACCCCAAGUUUGAGAGCUACAAGCUGUCCCUGGACCCCCUGCCGUGUUAUGGUGUGGAGCUGGAUGCUGCUGUUGCAGAAGUGAAGCUCAGGGAUGAUCAGUACACGCUGGAUCACGUGCGUGCCUACGGCAUGUAUAAUUAUCUGCACAGUAACCCAUGGUCCUGCAACAGUAUGUUCUACGUGGACCAGCUCGGGAGAGUCAUGAACACCACGGUGACACUGGACACCACUUUGGGGAAACCGGCGGAAGUCUUCAGGUUUCCAAGUGACGUGAGCGCCUGCGACCGUCGUCUCUGUGCUUCCAUGCACUUCACCUCGCCCUCCUGGGUCACCCUCUCGGAUGGGACAGGAACCUUGUAUCUCAUUCACAUUGUAGAGCCGGCAGAAUCUGUAUCUGGGAAAUGGGCACUCAAGUUUAAUCAAGAGCUCGGUGAUCCGUUCAUUGUGGUGCACAGCGUUCUCUCCGCUGAGGCGCAAGUCAUUCACGUCCUUCUGCUGUCUGUAGAAAAAGAUGAGCUGGACGACGAUAAAGAAGGAAGUGGAUUCCACGUCGCCCUGGAGUGGGUAUCCAUAGCCUGCGACAUAACUCAAGGCAGCACGUGCGAAAUCGUCAAACGCAGGAAGCUUCAUGGCAAAUCUGUCCCACAUUACGCAGCUAUUGAACUGGACGGAAAGGGCCUAAUGAUCAUCUCUUAUAAGCCCUUCAGCUUCGUUGGGUGUGAGCUGAAUCAGCCUGAAGAAGAGGCAAUGGAUGAGGGGGAGAAGAAAGGACCCCUGUAUGUCUGGCAACAAACAGCCGAGGAUGUGACCAUGACAUUCCGCCUCCCGGAUGGCACAACCAAAGAGGACGUCAAGGUCCAGUUUUCCCCAUAUAACCUCAGCAUUUCAUUGAAGGAACAAGACUCCUUUCUAAAAGGCCAGCUCUACUCACUGAUUGAUCCGGAAAGCAGCAUCUGGACUGUAAAAGAUGAACGGAGUAUAGAGGUCACAAUGGACAAGAGAGACACAGGCUGUAUGUGGACGGAGUUGAUUGUAGGUGAUAAGCAAGGAGAAUACAUUGCAGAUCCUGUACAGUGUGCCGCAAUAUCGCAACAACUGAUGCAUCUCACAUCAGAGACCUUGAACCCGGACCCAGACUGCGAGAAGCCCGCGUGCAACGCUCAGGAGCUGGAGGAGUGCGACAUCUCUCUGGAAGACAGCACAACGCUUUGUAGAUUUGAUAGUAACAGUUUGAAGGCCACCCAUGUGGUGAAUCUUGGAAGCAACCAAUACCUGUUUUCCCUGGUGGCCACACCGACAAUGAUGCCGUGUUUUUCGCUGAGACAUGACGUGGACGCGCUCCUGUGGCAGCCGAUCGCAGCUGAAGGGGAUGACUUGUGUGAGCACGCCGCCACUUUCAAUGCUCUAGGCUACGUCCAGGCAUCCAAGCAAGACAAGAAGUUUUUCACAUGCGCUCCUGAUUUUUCUUACGCGGCUCUUUGCGAGUGUGUGCGCAGGAUAUUCAUCUACCGCCAACCCACUCCGAUAUCCACUGUAUUGUACAACAGGAAAGAGGGGAGACACGUGGGGCAGGUCGCUAAGCAGCAAGUAGCGAGUCUAGAGAGCAGCGAUCCCAUCCUAGGCUUUCAAGCCUCCAACGAGCGAUUAUUUGUCCUUACUACAAAGAAUUUGUUUGUCAUAAGAGUAAAUACCGGCGGCUAGUCGUCUCCGCUCCUCUUUCAUCUCUGUUCACUAUCGGCCAAAAUACUCCUAUGUGAGCUUCUGAAGUUUGCAAUCUUUUCUGCUGGAUGUUUCCUCUUUUCCUUUUUUUUUUUUUUUUUUUUUUUUUACUUUUAAUUUCAUAAAAUACUU